AUGAUGGCGUGCGUGCCGUGCCGUGUCAUGCCGUGCGGCGCUGCUGAUGGGCAGCGACACCAGCAGCAUGCAGCAUGCACUUCUCGAACCAUGUUCGGCCCCCGCCUGGGCGAUGCGCAGCAGAGCAGGAACUGGCCGCACGGAGCGUGGCAUGACCCUCUCUGUCCAAGGGACAUCGAGCUCGCCCAGUUGGUCGAGCUCGCUCAGUUGGCAGUCGGAGCCAGGCAGCCAGAGAGGCACGACAGCCCAGCCACCAUGUGUUGUGCCUGGCUGACCCGAGCUCGCAUUGGCCACAUGGGAGGUCAUCUCAACGCAUCGAGCGUUGUACAGCCGUCGCCGCCUUUGCCGUUGAGCACAGCGCAAGGUCACAUCAACGCGAGAACCGGGGACCCGGAAUUAUCGCGCCGGGCCUUGCUCUAG